ACGGCGACCUUCCCAAGAUGGCGGCCUCGAUGGCCGCGAGUGAGGAGACGCUGAGGAGGGCGGUUGAAGGCUUGGAGCUCCUGCUGGGGAGAAGCGCGGCCGGUCAAGGCGAUUUCCAGGAAACAAAACCAGCAUCUCUGCUGGAAUCCUUACGCUCCAGCGUGGCCCAUUUGGAGGCAAAGUUGGCUCAGGACCCCCAAUGGGGAGAGCUGCAGAGGCUGAGGACGCAGACUUCCCAUCAGGUGCCAUGGCUGCCUUCCUGUUCCGAAGUCACUUGGAGUUUCACUCGCCACGUCUUGCUCUUGCUUCUGUGCCUCAAGAGGUGCAUGGUUCUCUUGGCAGCUGCGUACAACCCAACUCCGUCCAACUCCAAAGCCCCAGAGGCCGCACCGCCUCUGAGCCCAGACACCCUCAGCAUCGCUCAGGAGAAAACUGUGCAGGCGGCCUUGCAAUGUGUUGUCACCUUCGGCCUUUGCCCCUACCUCUUGCCCGGCAUUGGGCUACCCCUCAGACACCGGACGGAGUUCAGUGCCCUGGUUGAAGAGGCUGUCUCGCCCGGCUGCCUCCCCAGUGCCAUGGGCAAGCUCUAUGCCACCUGCACUGGCCUGGUGGAGGUGGCUCAGCACCCUUCGCUGGGCAGCCUCGUCCUCACGCGGCACCUUGGGGAUCUCCUGGCGGGGUUGUGUCAGCUCGGAUUCUGCCCGGCACGGAGGAAGGGGGAAGAAGCCAAGCCAGAGAGGGAACUCAUGGGCCUGACUGAAGAAGAACGAAACAGCUGUAGGGAAGCCCUCAGGGGGCUUCUGGACAGAGUCUACCAGCCGCUGGUAGUCCGAGAGCUGCUGAUUCUUCAAGGCGGAUCCAGACAGGGCUCCCAUUCUCGUGAGCAUGACAGGGAGUGUCCCCUGGCUCCUGCCCCAGCUUGGCUUCGCCGCCUCAGCGGGCAGCUUCUCUCUGAAAGGCUGCUGAGACCUGGAGGAGUUCAAGCUGUGGUCCGUGGCGUCUUGGAAGGCGCUGGAGCUGGGGCCAUGGGUGGCAGCAAUGCUGAAGCAGCAGCAGCAGACUGGCGGAAGUGUGACGCAGUGGCAAAGAUCCUCUCCUCCUGUCCUCAGCAGUCUCUAUCCCUGGAGGAUUAUUGCCAACAAGUUUGCCCCCAGAUUCUGCAGCUGUUCUUCAUUCAAGAUAAGCUGACAGCACGCCAGUUCCAGCGCGUGGCCACCAUGGCUGUCCUCACCAUGACCAGGGAACACUCACGGCAUGCGGAGAAGCAUCUGCUGCGUCCCUUGCUGGAGCCUCUCCUGCGCUGCUUGGAUGUGGAAGAAAUUCCACUGGAAGACCUGUCGGCAGGGACAGUAUUGGUGAAGGAAGAGGAGCUCAGCUCAUGCGUGGAAAAUGUAUUUAAGGUGUGUGUGGUUGGCAAUGAGCCCUCAGCCGUGCUGCUGAGCUCCCUGCAGGGAGUCCUGGGAGUCAUCUUCUCCAUUUGGUGUUUUACAAAGCAGAAUGUGUCCUUCUUACGCACCCCAUGCCAAGAGAUCCUGCUGUGGUUCUUGGAGAAAAGCGAGAGGCAGACAGCGCUCUCCAUUCUAGAAGGAUUCGCAGGGAUGGGAGAAGCUGUCCAUUUGCCCUCUGUAUUCUGCCAGUUCCAAGCAGCCAGUGAAGGUGGUGUCAUGGUCGCAGUCAGAGAGACUCUCAGCCAUGAUGAAGAUGAGGCACUCUACCAGAAGGUCUCCUCAGAGCAAUGGCAGCUGGAGCAGCUGGUGGACUUGCUAUCUCACUUCCAGAGCAGUGGCCUAGCUGGGGACUUCUUCCUCCGGUGCUUAAAGGAGCUGACCCAUGUGGCUGGGCAAGAGGCUUCUGAAAUUACGUCUGUCUCUGCCGGCUCCCACCAGAGCCCCCUGGACCUAGAGCAGUGCUGUGGCCCCCGCCUCAAGCAGCAGGAGAGGCAGCUGCGAGUGCUGCAGUUGGUGGCCAUGUUGUGUGAGAGCAUCUCGGACACACUGUUCACGGACACUGCACAGGUUGUGGAAUUUGUGGCAACCACUCUGCAACGGGCCUGUGCAAGUCUCGCCUGCAGCUCAGGGGGCACCGUUGAAGCUCAGACGCUGAGCAUGGCCAUGGGACUGGUGGCUGCCAUGCUGGGAGGGGCUGUGCAGCUGAAAUCAUCAGACUUUGCUGUUCUGAAACGCCUGUUGCCCUUGCUGGAGGAGGUCUCCCGCAUUCACCCAGAGCCUGUCAUCCAGGAGUUGGCGGCUGACCUGCGCAUGACCAUCUGCACCCAUGGUGCCUUCUCCACAGAGACCAUCACUUCUGCUGCUCAGACCACUCUAGGCAAAACCUGUGCAGAAGCAGCAGCCAAGACAAAAGUUAACACAGCCAGGGACACCUCAGAAAAGUCUGGAAGUGAAACCCCUGAGCCCAGGCUGCCACCAAAGACCACAGCUCUUGUCCCACUUUCCCCCACCCCAAAGAGUCAUCUGGCUGCAAAGUCUGUUCCUGAAACAAUGAACUCUGGUCCUUCAGCCACCCAGGACUUGCGAGAGCUCCUCUUGUCAGCUUAUGACCCUGACAUCCCAGCCCGAGCAGCUGCUCUACGCAGCCUUUCCCGCUUGAUAGAGCAGAGGGACCCAGAGGCCCUGAAGACUCAAGAGACGCUGCUGAAGGUUUUCAUGGAAAACUUAGAACACGAAGACUCCUUUGUGUAUCUUUCUGCAAUCCAAGGUGUGGCCUUGCUGUCAGACGCAUUCCCAGACCAAGUCCUACCCUGCCUGCUAUCCCAGUAUGGCAGCACACAGCCCGGCGCUGCAAAAGUGGCCACAGCAGAGACCAGGAUGAAAGUGGGAGAGGCCCUGAUGCGUGCCACACGAAUGCUGGGGGACAUGAUCUUCCCGCAUCGAGAUGGCCUGAUCCACGCUUUUUUGCAAGGGGCAAGAGACCCUGACAGCAGCCUUCGAGCAAGCAGCCUGUCCAAUCUGGGGGAGCUGUGCCAGAUCCUUCGCUUUCAGCUGGGCUCUGUGGUCCAUGAGGUGACUUUAUGUUUGGCAGCAGUUGUGAAGACUGACCGCGAGGCUGAGGUGCGGAGGGCAGCUGUCCACGUGGUGGUGCUUCUACUGCGCGGGCUCAGCGAGAGGGCCCUGGAGGUUCUCCGGGAAGUUCUGCUGGAUCUGUACCGCCUGCUGAAGUUUGUGGUGGGCUGCGAGGGGGACGAAGCCACUGUGCUCCAUGCCCAGCUAGCCUUGGAAGAGCUGGACGGCAUCAUGAGGCGGUUCCUGUUCCCCCCUCAGGCCCUGGAGAAGAAGAUUGAGGUCCUUCCUUAGGAUCCACAGCAUGGUCUCAGAAAUGAAUCAGUGCUACUCAGGGAAGGGGGUUGAGGCAUGGGCAGAGACCUCCACAGCCUUAGAAGCCCACUCCAAACCCAGAGAGGGACUGGAGCAAUUCUGGGCAAAAGGAGCCAUCCUCAGUCCAUGACUUUGUCUGGGUGGACCAUUUCCACUCGGUCCCUGCGGUUGCUUUUUCCUUGGCCAAAUGGCCACAUUGUGUUGGGCGUCGUAGAGGGGUCAGGGGAAGAUGAGAGUUAUCUUGGCAAAACUUCUGGGAUCAGCCAGUGCAAUAAAUGGACAUCCUGGAGGAAAGUACUCUUGCCUGGAAAACUUGCAUACCUGGCUUGUAAAAACCCAGACAUGGUCUGGCAGAAAGAGAGUCAAGAUCAGGUCAGAGCAUUCAGAAAUUGAUGUAUGUUCAUGGCAACAGGGAAUAUGACAUGAGAAUCGUGGGAGUUCCUGGCUGAAAGCUCUGCUUAGCUGUAAACUCAUCCAAGUGUACCCACAGGGGAUGUUUGUUAUUCACAGUAAACAAGAGCAAAGGGUGGUACAGUACCUUCCAGACCCUUGUCAGUCAUAUUCCUUUCUGGUUUUUCCCCUCCUCUUGUUUUGAACAUGCCAGAGGGCAAGUUUGUGUAGAUUUGUCAAUGCUGUGGGGCUUAGUGAGGUGAGGCCAACAAGUUUGUAAAUGAGAAAAGCCCAGUGGGGACUAAGCAUUCCUUGUUCAUGAACUUUCCACCUCCCUCCAUUCUCUGUGGUGGCAAGAAAGGGUGACCUCAAGGCCAUGUCUCCACCACAGGCCAGAUGCAUAGAUAUGGCAGUUCUUGGCAAAGUCAAGUGACCAUCAGAGUGACCCAGAUGCAAACCAUCCACUUAUGCAGCUGUGGGCAAUCUUGGUGCAUCUAGAGGCUUCUACACACAACUGUCAAAAAGUGUGUGGGGGGGAAUUCCCCUAAAAUUGGGAGAUCUUUCUGACAGUCAGAGCUGUUUGACAGCGUAAUAUGCUGUUGCCUUGGAGGGAGAUGGAUUUUGCAUCUUUGGAGAUUUUUACAAAGAGGCUGGGUGGCCAUCUUAUCAGAGGGAGGGCUUUUUAUUGUGUGUUUCUAUAUGGCAGAAGCAGGUAGGA